AUGUCCGCCUUCGCAGAUGGGACGGCAGGCCAACGCGCUCGUGGUGGCGGAAAGCGCAACGGCGGCAGGGCUGCCGCGGCCAAGGCCGAUCCCUCGGGCAGGCCGGCGCAGGAUGCGGAUGGAGGCGACGAGGGGGAUCAUGCCGAGCCGGAAGCUCGUGGUGGCGGAAAGCGCACCGGCGGCAGGGCUGCCGCGACCAAGGGCGGUCCCUCGGGCUCGCAGGAUGCGGAUGGUGGCGACGAGAAGGAUCAUGCCGAGCCGGAAGCUCGUGGUGGCGGCAUGCGCAACGGCGGCAGGGCUGCCGCGGCUAAGGGCGGUCCCUCGGGCAGGCAGUCGCAGGAUGCGGAUGGUGGCGACGAGGGGGAUCAUGCCAGGCCGGAAGCUCGUGGUGGCGGCAUGCGCAACGGCGGUAGGGCUGCCGCGGCCAAGGGCGGUCCCUCGGGCUCGCAGGAUGCGGAUGGUGGCGACGAGAAGGAUCAUGCCGAGCCGGAAGCUCGUGGUGGCGGCAUGCGCAACGGCAGCAGGGCUGCCGCGGCUAAGGGCGGUCCCUCGGGCAGGCAGUCGCAGGAUGCGGAUGGUGGCGACGAGAAGGAUCGUGCCGUGCCUGCAUGCCAUGGCGUUAACGAUCAUGAUGAGGACGAGCCAGCAGCAGUGACUGAUGGGAAAGGUGGACGUGAAGUUGUGAUUCCGUACCAACGGCGCAAGGCUGUGGAUCCGGGCAGUUGCGACCAUAAGGCGAGACGAGCUCGGCACGGCCCUAAUGUGCACGUUUCGAGCUCGUCUGGUUCCGAGGAAGAUUCGAGCGACAGUGAGUCGGGCAGCUCAUCCGGGAGUGAGGAGGUAUACGAGGACGAGGAUGAGGAGGAGGAGGACGAGGAUGAUGAGGAGUUGGAGCCAGAGAGCAAGGAUGGGGAGGAGGCUCGGCCUUUGAAGAGGAGGACUGUGCGGAAGCUCAAGAAGGGCAACGCUAAGCAAAAAUCGGAGAGGGGACGGGUGAAGAGCUGUAAACAGAGUGUGCGACGUGCCAAACCACAUGGCAAGCGCCAGAGACCUCGAUUCGAAGCUAAAAUUGUGGGUGUGCAUAGCAAGGCGAAGCGGGAGUUGAAUUUUUACGAGUCCAUGGGGAUACGAUGUCCAUCAAGCUCUCAUGAUCGGCAAGCCGCGGACCCGUACGCUGCGUUACGCGAUCCGAUGGGUUCGGCUGGGAAGGGAGAUCCGAUGGCUUGGGGGUCAGCGUGGUUUGGCAGGGAAGCGACGGACCCGCCCCCCAACCAUAUGGGGGGUCGCGCGGUUCAUGUGAAAAACGAGGGGGCAACGAAGCGGCACGAACCCUCGGCAGCUGCAGCAGCGAAUGACAGUGUGGGAGGAGGUGUGUGGGCGAAUGCCUUGGGUGAAUGUGGCGGCGGUGUGGAAGGCUCCAUGUGGGAUGUACGGGAGAGCAGGGGAGAAGGGGGGGACGAGAAAAUGGAUCCGGUGACUAAGGAGGGGAGGGGAGAGAGCAUGGGCACACCUGGCGCAUCCAGUCGGCCGGAUGUGGCUGGCGGCAGGACUGUGGAGCAGCUCAUGCGAGAGCUUGCCCAGCGGGAUCGCGAAAUCGCUGCACUCAAGGCAAGGCCAGGAUCAAAAGGACCUGUCAAGCCCUGCACCCCUCCAUCUAGGCCUCCUCCUCUAGCGUCUCUGUCGAGCGGCCCAUCUGUAGGGGGCCUCGAUCCAGGCGUGGCGCCAGAAAGCCCAGCGACGGUAGACGUACCGGUCCGUCGAACGCGUGGGAUGCCCACACCCAAGCUGCUGAAGCGUGCUUGUGGCAUUAUGCGCAGUGAUAGCGGCAUGUCUGCAGUGGGAUCGGCAUUCCCAUUAUCCAUCCUCCAUUGGCCCCUCUCUCCCAUCCCUACCCACCCUAAACCCGAGCCCCUGUUCAUGGUGCUGGUGCUGGUGUGGGUGGCACGCGAGCCCCUGUUCCUGGUGCUGGUGGUGGUGUGGGUGUCAUGUGGCGGAGGGAUAGCUAAGAAUAGCAGUUAUCCUUCAUCUCACUUCCCUCUCUCUCCCAUCCCUCCCCUCCCUCUGCGAGAGCCCCUGUUGAUGGUGCUGGGGGUGAGCCCCUGUUCCUGGUGCUGGUGGUGGUGUGGGUGUCAUGCGGCGCAAGGAAUAGAGGAAGCCGUAUCCGUCAACCCCAUGCGGCCCCCUUUCUGUCCGCCGCCCCUUCCUCCCCUCUCUAUCCCGUCCCUCUCCCUCCUCGUCCAGAGCCACUGUAAAAGAGCUCCUGUUCAUGGUGCUGGUGGUGGGGUGGGUGUCAUGCGGCAGAGUGAUCAGCCCAUGUUCAUGGUGCUGGGGGUGGUGUGGGUGUCAUGCGGCGGAGGGAUAGCUAAGCAUAGCAGUCAUCCUUCAUCUCACUCCCCUCUCUCUCCCAUCCCUCCCCUCCCUCUGCGAGAGCCCAUGUUCAUGGUGCUGGGGGUGGUGUGGGUGUCAUGCGGCGGAGGGAUAGCUAAGCAUAGCAAGCUCC